UAAAUUGCGGAAUGAUGAAUUCGAAGAGAAUUUAUCGUGGUAUCCGUUCGUUUCCGAAUUCCAAAAGAAAAACGAAAAACUGACAAAACGUCCGUUUCGGAAUUUGUACGACCAUGUUACAUGAAAACGACAGUCAUCGGUACGGCAUUUUUCUUUAUCUCAUUCUCCAGAGUUACUGCUAUGGUUUGGAUGGUAUUGUUUCAUAAUGCUAUCGCCGGAAAAUUAGAAAGGGGCAUUCAGCAGUGUUUUUCUAAAACAUUCAUUACUUCACCAAAAUGACGACCAGAGCCGCGGGUGCUCCGGAGGCACUGGCAACAGUGGUAAUUCCUGCAAUAACUAUGUUGUUACCAAUUGUCACCUACGAUUUUCCAUGCUCGUACCUCGGGAAUCCAAGACCCAUCUCGAGCAGUCUUCCUUCGUCCCCGAUGGGAGAGCUUCUCCCUCCCGGAAAAGAGGUGCAAACAAAGGCCAGCCUGUCCGACAACGACGGUGGCAAGAGACGCACGCGACGUGACGUUAGAGCUCAACCGCACAACUUUCGAGUGAGUGACAGUGAAGAGAAGCAAUCGGGAUUCUUUUCGUGCCCCUAUCGCACCAUCGACGGGAUCGCGUCAAAGACCAUCCUGGAAAGCGAGGGAUCAGUAGCCGAUCUUCGGCAGCGGAUUCUACAACUUUGGGCGCACAACCCACACAACCUAACAACUUCCAACCAGACCAUACCUCCAGCCCUGGCGGUGGAGGUUUGGUUUUCACCGUUUCGAAGUGUUGGCGACGCAGAGGCGAUGGAAGACUUCCUACCGAUCGUAUCCGUGGCGGCCCCCCUCAACGAUACCGACAGCAACGGACGCGGACGCAACGCACGGCCCAGCCGAGAUCCCUGCGAGGGCCGUCAACUUGUGAUUGGCCAACGUGGAAGAAUCCUAGAAUUGCACUAUCGUGACCACUACGAGUACCUCAGUGAUGACUAUUUCGACAACGACGACGACGACGACUCAAUGGGAUAUGACAAGCAGGAUUCUCCGCAGUAUGCUUGCCAGAUUCUUCGACUGACCCAGUGGAAACUCGAAGAAAACAAAACUGAACAAACCGAAUAUGCCUUGGUAACCAACAGUAUCAGCAGCACAACCACCAAGGAACUAGCAAAGCUCAACCACCUGGUGGUAGCGUGGAAGGAAUCAGGGUCUAUCUUGCAGGUCUUUGGGAACGGGGAAUCCAUCGCGAGUAUCAAUCUGCUCUCUACGGGAACAGGAGGAGGCUCCGAGAGAGCAAACCUAAAUCCCGAUUUCUUGCGAUCGUGGGAUCAGAGCUUUCGCUUGCAGGUCUUUUCGGAUUCACGCCGGUGGUUCGAGACUAGAAACCCAGGGACAGGUGAAACCCAUACCAAGAAAAGUGGCGAUGUCGAUGAAGAAAAUAAGACUUCGAACACGGAUGUCAGAAAUGUGUUUCCGGGCACUAUCCACAAUGUUGCAAUAUACACUCAACAACUCGAUAAAGAAAGCGUAAAGAAUCUGUAUCGCGAAGGUGUGGAAAUGAGGGAAGAUCCUUCCAAGGCAUUCUUUGAGGAUCCUGAGAACCCCUUCGAACCUCUUCGGCUGGUAGCUUCACCCAUUGCGUCAUCUACUGAAGAUCCGAGUAACUCAGGUGCUUCGGUUGUUCAGGGCCGUUCUGCUCUAAUCAGCGUUGGUGGGUUGGAUGUUUCAAAUUCCACCACUUCACUCUGGGAUACCAUGGUCGAAAUCGUGAACAUUCCUCGGUAUGGCGAUUUAAUUGGUCCCGAUAACUCGAACGUUCGCGUUGGAGACCGAAUUCGAUUGGAAGAAGGCUAUGCACGGACUGGACUCAUUUACCGACACGUCCAAAAAGACUACUUUUCCGUUCCUACGACUUCUUUUCAUGGAACGCUCUUGCCGAACGCCAAACUUCCCAGAGAAUCCUUUUCCUACUGCCUUGUAAGCGUUCGAAAAGGGAACGACCAUCCCGAGUUCGAUCGAGAGCAAAUCAUCUUGGGUCGAUCUAAAAUAGUCCGGCAAGAGGUGACUAUCUUCCAUCGAAAUCAUCCACCAACCUUGCGGGGUGUCCCGGAUGAGAUUAUUCAACCCGAUCGUCAACCCACGGGACCGGGCACCCGGCCCUGGGCAACGCUCGGAAACCAUAUAAUAUUGAGCGACGAGGCUGACUAUGACAUUGACCGUGUCAAGAUCGAUAUUUGGACUCAAAAUGGAACGCUGACAAUUGAUCUGGAGGAGCAAGAGCUACAAACCUUGGCCAAGAUCACUAAAUGUGCCAAUCCAAGUCCUCCUCGUGCGGGGGGUAUCGACUGGAUCUGUGACGGCCAGAAGGAUCGAAACAUGACCUUUCUGGCUACACCCAGCGACGUUUCUCGGAUUCUUUCCAACCUCAUAUACACAGCCCUGUACUGGGACCAGUCGGAUUCUAUUUAUUUGAGGGUCUCCGACGGUACCGGGGGACCAUGCAUUGAUGAUGACAGGCGGUUUUCGCUUUAUUCUCUACCAAAUAUCACGAUUCGGGACGAUUGCUUUCAGGCUAUCUCAGAAAUUCAUGUGCCGGCCAUGUCAAUCCCGGUGGGACGAUCUUCGGCGAGCUAUUGGAGGGACCACAGCUCGUGGUGGAUCAGUCUCCUUGCUCUGUUUCUCGUCGUGUUGUGCACGUGUUGCUGUGCGAUUUGUUGCUUCGUGAAAUUCCGACGGGACAAAAAGCUCAACAGCGUGGCGGUUGCCGAAUCCAAUUCUCCCAUCACUCUGGCCUCUCCAGCGUCGAAUAAUGAUGACUUUGCUUCGAUUGGAAUCAGCAGGGAUGAUGUACAGGUAGUUAAGUUCCAGAUGGAGAGUGCUGCUUAGGAAGGGUGUAACGCAUGGUCAAACCAAUCAUCCUCAUCAUACGAAGAAGGACUUGUAUUAUAAGUAAGCACCUUAUCAAAAUCAGAAUUAAACAGAUCAAUAGAA